AGUAAAAGUUCUUGGUUAAGGUAUUUUUCGUUCAGUUCUAAAUUCGAAUACAGCUUCGCUAGCCCGGCGAUAAUGGAAAAGGCCUCAUCAGUAAUCUCAGCAGCUGCAAGAAGGCUGGAAGGCAAAGUAGCAUUAAUCACCGGAGGAUCCAGAGGCAUUGGAGAAUGCACUGCAAGAUUGUUCUCUAGACAUGGUGCUAAAGUUGUAAUUGCAGAUAUCCUGGAUGACUUGGGUCAAUCUGUAUGCAAAGACAUUGACUCUGAUGGAGCAACAGCCUCCUUUGUCCAUUGUGAUGUAACCAAAGAAGAGGACGUUGAAUAUGCUGUUAAUACAGCAGUUUCCAAGUAUGGAAGGUUGGAUAUCAUGUUCAAUAAUGCUGGUAUAAAUGGUUUACCGAAACCAAACAUACUCGACAACACGAAAUCCGAAUUCGUGAAAGUCCUCAAUAUUAACCUAGUAGGAGCCUUUCUAGGCACCAAACAUGCAGCUCGAGUAAUGAUCCCUGCGCGCCAAGGCAGCAUAAUAACAACUGCAAGUGUUUGUGGAAAGAUUGGAGGAGUUUCACCACACUCUUAUACAAGUUCGAAGCACGGCGUGGUAGGGCUGAUGAGAAAUACUGCUGUAGAGCUUGGACAGCACGGAAUUCGGGUAAAUUGUGUGUCACCUUAUGCAGUUUCAACAGCAAUGGCAAAGGAAUUCCUCAAGACGGACGAUGAGGGAAUGCGUAUUUUAUAUCCCUACCUUAAUGGGGCUAUUCUUAAACCAGAGGAUGUGGCUGAAGCGGCUCUCUAUUUGGGGAGUGAUGAGUCAAAGUAUGUGAGUGGGCAUGAUUUGGUUAUUGAUGGAGGCUUUAGUAUUGUAAAUCCAGAUCUGUGUAUGUUUGGAAAAUCUGUUAAGUAGUAAUAAAGAAGUAGUCAGUAAGAAAUGGUCAAAACCUCUCAUCUGUUAUCUUUGAAUUUGUAACUUCAUUUAGUGUAAAUUCGUAUUUUGA